AUGGAAACCCAGCUUGGAGGAGACGACAUGUACCGGCGGAUAUUGGCGAUGCUUGCAAGUCUAGGACUAGCUGAGAGCGACUUGCCCCCUGAGUAUAUGCUAGUCAGGUCAGACAAUGGUUCGAACCCAUAUUUUCCCGAAGGGCAAGAGUAUACACUCUACGACCUCAUGUGCGUGUAUGAGUUCCUAAAACAACGCAGAAUUAUGACCGCCUCUGAUCUGGACAGUGACCAUGGCGAUGCAUCGACCAGUUCUGUUCCUUCUAAUCAGCUAGUGGCUCAAGGUCAGACACAGUCGGAUGAUACUGAGCUCUCGACUAGCUCAGCACUGGGUGAUAACCUAAUGGAUGUUGAUACGGAGACUGAGGACCUUCCUUGCAGUUGUUUUGUUACAAAAUACGUGGAACAUAGUGGGCAAGAUACAGCGGGGCUAGGCAGACAAGUCAGUGCAUCGCAUGCUUCAGGAAGUCGCGAGAAGGACGCCUGA